ACUCUUCCUCCUCCAGCGCCAACGCCCGUCCAUCCCCCUGACCUCCCUACCGUUGCCACCACGGCGCACGUGUCCCCUCCCUCCCUCACACCUCUCCCCCUCUCUAAAGCGGCCGCCUCCCUCUCUCCCUCUCUCCCUCUCUCUCUAGUCCCCCACCUCACCACCUCGUUCUCACUCUCCCCAAUCUCUGCCUGGCUGCUCUGCUCCCCUCCCCCCUCUCCGCGGCUCUGCUAUCUCGAUCGCUUGCUUCUCGGGCCGGGCUACCACGCCCCGCGGCUGAUGCGCGCCUGGCCCCAUGCCAAUGCCGGCGCCCGCCAUGGCAAGAGCCGCGCUCCCGCUGGCACUGGCGCUCCUCCUCCUCCUGCGGGGCGCCCCUGAGCCGGCCGCCGCGGUGCGGUUCGACUACGCCACGCUGACGCUCGGCAGCCUCAAGCUGCUCGGCGACGCGCACCUCAAGAACGGCACCAUCCGCCUCUCCCGCGACCUGCCCGUCCCGACGUCCGGCUCCGGCCGCGCGCUCUACGCCUCCGCGGUCCCCGUCCGCGCCGGCUUCUCCACCCAGUUUGCCUUCACCGUCGCCACGCUCAACCCCUCCUCCAUCGGUGGCGGGCUCGCCUUCGUCGUCGCCGCAGACGACUCCUCCCUCGGCGACGCCGGGCCCUACAUCGGCGUCGCCACCGGGACCGACGCCGCCGCGGUCGAGUUCGACACGCUCAUGGACGUGCAGUUCGGGGACGUGAACGGGAACCACGUCGGCCUGGAUCUCGGCUCCAUGGUGUCGGCCGCCGUCGCCGAUCUCGACGAGGCCGGCGUCGAGCUCACCAGCGGGAGAACCGUCAACGCAUGGAUCGACUACCGACCGGACAAAUCGAAAGGAGGGGGGAUCUUAGAGGUGUCCGUGUCCUACGCCGCCAAGCGGCCGAGGACGCCGGUGCUGUCCGCGCCGGUCGACCUUGGGGAGAGCGUCAAGGACGCGGCUUUCGUGGGCUUCUCGGCGUCCACGCAGGGGAGCACAGAGGUGCACGCGAUCGAGUGGUGGAGCUUCUCGACAGCGUCGCCGGCGCCGGCGCCGCAUUCGGCGCCCACGCCGCCGCCGGAAUCACCGGUCGUUCAGCCGCCGCCGAGCGUCAAUCCGGUGCUUCCUUCACCGCUGCUCCCUGGAGUGAUGACUCCAUCGCCGCCAUCCGCGACGGUUUCGGCGCCGACCAGCUCCAUCUCGGCGGCGAGCGCUCCGUCGAACGCCUCCAUGGGGAAUGCCGGCUCGCCGCACCCGCCCGCGCACGCGGCCGUGGCCGGCGCCGCCACGGCGGGCGCCUUCGUGGCCGCCUCGUUCGCGGGCUUCGCGCUCUGGGCGCUGGCGCGCCGCGCGAGGGCCCGGAAGCGCACGGCGCUGGCGGUGGCCACGAAACGCGACAGCCUCGCGUCCGCCGCGGCGCUUGUGCGAUCGCCGCGGGAGUUCAGCUCCAAGGAGCUGAGCGCCGCCACGCGCGGCUUCGACGCGUCCCGCGUGAUCGGCAACGGGGCGUUCGGCACCGUGUACAAGGGCAUCAUCCCGGACACCGGCGCCAUGGUCGCCGUGAAGCGGUGCACCAAGGCGAACGCCAAUGCCAACGGCGAGCGGGCGCGGUCCGAGUUUUUGUCCGAGCUCUCCAUCAUCGCCGGCCUCCGCCACCGCAACCUGCUCCGCCUCCAGGGUUGGUGCUACGAGAAAGGCGAGAUCCUGCUGGUGUACGACUACAUGCGCAACGGCAGCCUCGACAAGGCCCUGUUCGACGCCUCGGCGCCGGUUCUCCCGUGGCACAACCGCCGCGAGAUCCUCGCCGGCGUGGCCUCGGCGCUGGCGUACCUCCACCACGAGUGCGAGCGGCGCGUCAUCCACCGGGACGUCAAGUCCAGCAACGUCAUGCUCGACGAGGCGUUCCGCGCGCGGCUCGGCGACUUCGGCCUGGCGCGGCAGGCGGAGCACGGCGAGUCCCCCGACGCGACCACCGCGGCCGGCACGAUGGGCUACCUGGCGCCGGAGUACCUGCUCACCGGGCGCGCCACCGAGGGCACCGACGUGUUCAGCUUCGGCGCGCUGGUGCUGGAGGUGGCGUGCGGGCGGCGGCCGAUCGGCACGGAGGGCCGGUGCAACAACCUCGUGGAGUGGGUGUGGAGCCUCCACGGCGAGGCCCGCAUCCUGGACGCCGUGGACCCGCGGCUGGGCGGCGAGUUCGACGAGGGCGAGGUGCGGCGGGCGCUGCUGGUGGGGCUGGCGUGCUCGAGCCCAGAGCCGGCGCUGCGGCCCGGGAUGCGCGCCGUGGUGCAGAUGCUGAGCGGCGAGGCGGACCCGCCGUUCGUGCCGGCGGCGCGGCCGUCGAUGAGCUUCAGCGCCAACCACCAGCUGUUGCUGAGCCUCCAGGACAGCGUGUCCGACUACAACGCGCUGGGGCUGACCCUGUCGGACUCGUCGUCGGACUCGCAGAGCUCGUCGUCGCUGACCAGCACCCUGCGAAGGGGCGGCCACGACAUAGGGUUCAGCAGCACCGGCGGCGACGCCAGGUGACCCGACCGAGCAGAAAGCCGACCAGCUCGCAUAGCUAGCUAGAGUUCUCUUCCUUCGUCCAUCUCAAUGCGGAAACAGAGCACAAUGUAUGUAUUGAGUACAUAGAUUAGCAGCAGCAUUGGACUGCAAAGUCCAAACCAAAGCCUCCAUUUGUAAAAUUUGUCUUAAUAAUGAUUCAGAAUUCAGAUUAUUCGUUCGUUC